UUAUUAAAUAUAUAAUUUUUAAUAUAUAUUUUAGAGCCCCAUUUUGCAUUUCGCAUCUAGGCCCGAACUCCUCGAGACUAGGGGUGCAAGUGGAUAACUUUUAGAUGCACUUUCAACCCUUUUUAGUUCAAAUUAUUGUACUAGCUAAUUUUUUAAACUCCUACGGGAGACGGCUGUGGCUGUAAUAUUUCGUCAUGCUUCUACUCUUUCAAUGUGAUGAUUCCGGUACUAUUUUGAUUUUCUUUACAAUAACGCAUUUUCAAAAAAUAUUGCCGUUAUAUCACCAGAAGGAAAAUAUCAGUUUUUUUAUAGUAAUUGAUGGUGGCCUUGACCUAUGCGACAUGUACCAAAAACCAACCUCCUUUUCAACACUCUUAUAGCACCUUCAUCUACGGUUUGUUUCGGCUUGUUUUGGCUUAUUUCUUCUCACAUAGUACUAUUAAAUCAGCUGAAAUCAGCCGGCUUUUAUACCAGCCGAACAGGCUCGAGUCGCCCGGACGGCACGGUAAAACUCAACGUAGUCCACCGGCGACGACACGCGUACAACCUACAACGCCGACCACGGCGCCCCAGCUCGUCCCAUGCAUCCCCUCCUAUAGAGAAAUCCAGAGAGGCCGAACGGCGCCAAUAAAUAGGUGGUAGCUGUAAUCGUACUAACAGCUUCUUCCGAUCGAGCAGAGCUAGCAGUGAGAGUUGACAGUUGACACCAACGCGCCGGCGCGAAUCGAAGACAUGGUCACCCCCGCGAUCGUGACGGCGGCCGGCGUCGUGGCCGUGGGCGCGCUGUGCGCCUACUUCCUUUGCCCGGCGGCGGCGCUGGCGGCCGUGGCGAUGAUGAAGGCCCCUGGCUCAGGCGGGGCGCUCAUCUCGAGGGCGGCUUUCGAGGCCAACCCGAAGCUCUACUUCCACCUGCUCCGGCACGCCGGGGUCAAGGCGGCGCUCGCCGCCUUCGGUGCAUGACGACGGCACCGGGUGUGUUGCUACUGGACCUCUAGCUAUGUAAAAACACUCUUGGUACUGGACCUCCAGAAGAAGCAGCAGCAGUAGGUGUAGGAAUCCAUGCUGCUUCUGUGGUUUGUAGUAGUAGUACUAGCUUGCCAGUUCCCUAGCAACUUAGCUGUACUGAUCACUGACGUGAGCUGCUUCUGUUGUGUGUUAAGCCAUGUUUUGUGCUGAUAUAUAAUCAGAGCUUGGAUGCCAGUGUAUGGUACU